ACCCACCCACUCCUGAACGAGUGACGAUUUGUCAAGUAGUCUUUCAGCACACACAUAAUGGUCACUUCAUUUUGCGUACACGCAUCAGCGCCGGGUCCAUAUGUUUGACCGAGUGCCACACUUGUGUGUGGAUGAGAGUAUUCUCUGGUUUAAUAUCACUCUCAAGUUAGUUUUACAUUAGCUGACUUCCGGCCACAGUAUGCCAAAGAACAACGCUGAAUAAAAUCGGAAAUCUGGAGUCUCUCCCCAGUAGAUCUACUCAGCUGCUGCACACAUGAUUCAGAUCAUUGAGCUGCUUCGUCAAUGAUCUGUGCUCAAACAUGCAGCAGUAGAUCUACUACAGUCUACCAUGGUCUACAGGUGUCUCCAAAUAUCCGACUUCGUGCUCUGCUGCAGAAUGUAGAGUGAGGUCGGAUUUCUUUCGCGACAACUAUUUUUUAGGGAGCAGAUGCAGACGAAUAGAGGAAGAAGAAUCGACCGCAGUUCUUGGAUUUCAGACCCUACAAGUAGGCUAGAGAAACUUGCUUCUAGCAGACGUACACUGUCUGUCAGAAUGGCGCCGUUGCUUGGGUAUAUCGUGACGAUGCUGUUAGCGAGUGAGCUAGCGAUGGCAGCGAAACUACCGAAUUUCGUCUUUCUCAUUUGCGACUCCAUGGAUGGCCGUGUUGUGGACCCGACAUCGCCGAUAUCGCAAGCCAUGGCCACACCUACGUUCGACAAGCUGGCGAAGAACGGCGUGAACUUUGUCAACAACUACUGCCCGAGUCCCCAGUGCGUGCCGAGUCGCGCGGCAAUGUUCAGUGGACGGUUUCCACACAAGACAAAGGCAUGGAAUAAUGGGCAAGGACUAUGUAAGACAUGGAGUGACACAGAUCCUGACAAGUGUACAGAUCAGGGAACAAAUAAAUACUGGAAUACUUUUGAUUCUAUCCUAGAGGAGCAUGGAUACACAGUGAACCUCAUUGGCAAGGUGGAUGUAGGCGCUGGUUUGGGCGGUGGAUUCCAUGGUCAGGAUGCAGGUGCUGCUUUGACUGCGUGGACGCGAUCUGCCAAUGUCACUCACCCGCAGAAACCGGAUCCCAGAACACUAGUCAGCAACAGCUCAAAACUACCAAAGGAGUCGGACUGGAAGACAAUAGAGAAAUGUGUUGAAUGGCUAUCUACUGAAGCAAAGAAGAGUGAACCAUACUUCCUCUACUGUAGUGUGGGCAUCCCUCAUCCAAGCUAUGUAACCAAUGCCACCUGGUUGGCCAUGGUCAAUGAAACGGCAGUGACUGUUCCGAAAUGGCUUCCAUGGGAAGAAAUGCACCCUGCUGACCAGUACGAGAGUGCGUCUAAAGCAUUGUACUAUGAUGGCUUGGAAUCCUUCAGUAAUGAUGAUAUACUCAAUGUACGCCGGGCCUAUUACGCAAUGGUCUCUGAAACGGACGCCAUGUUUGGCCGUGUCAUUGAUUUGGUUGAUUUGGAAGAUACAAAUGUCAUCUUUACAUCGGAUCACGGUGAAGGCAAUAUGGAACACAGGCAGAACUGGAAGAACUCAAUGUAUGAUGCAAACAAUCGAGUGCCUCUUCUCAUGUCCGGUGUUGGGGUUGCAAAGGAUCUGCUGGUUCGUAAUGCCACUUCCAAUAUAGAUCUCUACCCGACUAUGCUGAAGUGGGCCGGUAUCAACGGCUUUUCCAUGGAUGGUCUGGAUGGUAGAGACAUCACACCAUUCUUUGAUGCAGAACCUCAGCAGAAGAUGCAGCCAAACUACGUCGUCGGAGAGUACCACUCCAAUAUGGCCAACACUGGACACUUCAUGGUGAAGAAGGACAACAUGAAGCUGAUUGAUUUUGGUCGUACACCACCGUUUCAGGACUACAAGCCACAGCUGUUUGAUUUGAAGGCGGAUCCUGAAGAACUCAAUGAUAUUUCUGCCGCUAAUCCGGCAGUUGUGAAGGAAAUGCAGCAGCUACUAGCUUCCAAGAUGGGAGACAUCCAGACAAUUGACCAAGAGGUCAAGACUCAGGACAAACAGCGCUUUCGCCAGUGGAUGGGCUUGCACAAGGAGAAAUGGCCACAGAUGCUGCAGAAAGCGGCGUACUACGGGCCAGGUCCUACCAAGUGGGGUACUGAUGCUGACAUCAAGCAAAUCACAGACUGGUUGAAUGGCACAGCAGCAGCCUAAGUGACCAGGCACAGAUCUUCUCUAUUCGCAAACUACAACACGGCUUCUUCCCGCUGAUAUCAUUGCCAUGGAAUUAUGAAACUUUGCCAGCUUCAGAAAAUAUGCUUCAGACAAGGGCUUCUCAAGCAUGUAUCUUCUAUACCUUCACAAAUGAUUUAUAAGUGACUGUCUAGUAAUGA